AUGGCCGACGACGAGCCCACCGGCCCUCUGCGCUGGUUCGCGUCCAACACGGCGGACGGCGAGGGGCCGAGCGGCUGGCGCCUCGAUGUCGUGACGCUGCUCGCCGUCAUCGGCGAGUCCUCCAUUGCCGACCACUCGCAGGCCAUCACGGCCAGCGUGCUCUGCAUGCUGCCCCGGAUCAUCCCGGCGCCCCAGGCCUUGUUGAAGGGGUCCCGUCCCCUGCGUAUGCCCGAGACCACGGCCAAGAUCACCGGUGUCUACAGCGGCGUGACUCUCGACUCCGUUGGCUUCUUUGCUAGCAUCCUCCACCCCCUCGACGAGUUUGCCCCCUUUGCGUUCAAGGCGCUACGCAUAUCUCACAAGGAUCAGAAUGAAGCCGGCGAUUUCGAGGUACCAAAAUCGCCAACUGGGCCCGGCAAGCUGGGCAAGUUCCUAGGGAGGGGAGGGAGAGCAGACACAGAUAUUUCCGAGCCACGCUCCAACAGGAUACCUGGCCCUCCGAGUAGUAACACCGAGGGCAAUGGCAACGCCAAUGGCAACAGUCAUAGCGACGUUGCUCGGGCUACAGGUGUCACUUUCCACCGUGACGUUGAGGCACAAGCCCAGGUACCUCAGCCAGGCAUCACGAGACGGCAGACCGUGAAGGACCGUAUGACGGACCUUAUAGCUAAUCCCACGCUGGCUACCAACGCCAAGCGGCCAGCGAUCCCCGCCGCGCUGUGGUCGCCGGUUCAUCUGCUGUCCGUGUUCUCCAUGUUGCUCACCAUCGCCAUGAUCAUCGCGGCUGUGUUCUUCAACGACGGCACGGCCAUCUUGGCCUUGUGUCUCAUUUCCCUAGCCAGUUCCAUCGUAGGUGCGGCUUCGUGGUGGAAGCCUCUCCUCAUGAGGAGAAGUCACACGAACAAGGUCCCAGACGGCGAUGUUGUCAUCCGCACGCGUGAGGGUGCCUUUCUCCUGAUAAAAUGCACGGAGAACGUGGCCCGCGAGCUUUAUGCCGGCACUGAGGAAUGUGAAUACCGAGUCGGUGGUCAGACUUAUAGAAUUCUGAUGGGUAUUGGCACCAUGUUGCUGAUGUUCAGCGUUGUUCUGCUGGGAAACUGCAAAUGGCACAGCCAGACCUUCAUCGCUGCAUCAUAUAUCCUCCUCAAUGGCAUGUAUUGGGCCAUGGGCCUGCUCCCGAAGCGCUACUUCUGGGACCUUAGUCGGUACAACGUCGAGGAUAUCACCCCAGAGGACGCCAAAAACGCACAUACAACCACGGACGAUACUGACCCCCGUGAGGGCGUAAAGAGCUUUACUCGCACGCUCUGGUUCGCCAUUCGCGAGACAAAGCGCACUGCCUGGGUAGAGCGGAGCGGUGCCGCCCCUGGCACCCCCCAGUGGAAGGCGUGGCUCGCCGAAGCCGAACAAGCUGCGGAGGACGGGAACCGGAAGUGGCCCUCCAUCGCACGGAAGGAUGAGCUCAUGAAACUGACUGAAGACGAGAUCCGCAUGCAGAAGAUGAGGAUGAGCCCUGUGACCAAAGAGAACGUCGUCCCAGACCCGGCCGAGCAGGCCGCCCCUGCCGUUGAAGUGCAACCCAGGGAUCAGAAACGGGCUGAUGGCACACUCUGA